AUGCCUGCCGAUACCCCCAGCCCGAACCGCAUCGAUCCUAAUCCCAAUAAUUGGCCAGACCGAGCGAAGCCGCUCACCAUCGAGGACGAGACCUUGCUCUUCAGGAUCUGUAAUCGCCACGCCUCUCACUUUGGGGUCUCUUGUACCCUAGUUGCCUGGUACAAAAUGGUGGCGGCGGACCUCGCACGCGCCCUUGGCCGUCCCUACCGGUGGGAACCCACGCGGCGUCGAAUUAAAGCGAUCACCCAACGGCGCCUACAGUGCCCAGGACGCUUUGAGCAAUGGGGUCAACAGGUUCCGAACCUCGGGCGCACUAUCGAUCCAACAAACCACUGGACCUUACAGUUGAUGGCCGAGGUUGACCAAUGGAUCCCGACCUGGCAACGCUGGGAAGAAAAGACCAAGGCCUGUAAACACGGUCGAAGGUUUAAGGGGAGAAAAGGCCACAAGCACGGCACUGCUGAUCCGGAUCAUCACCCUACACCAACACGGCCGGACUCGGUCGCUGAUUCCGCGACCCCCGGGACCCAUACUAGCGGGGCUGACCCCUGCCGCAGGCGUGAAUCCUACAUUUACCCUCCUCCGAAAGGCACUUCACCAUCCGAGGCCAUUACGCAGAUUCCGGACUCUGCCCCCCCGCCCAUCUUGGUUCCCGUUGAUAACCCAGCGCCCAAACCCGGUCACCAGCCAUCGACUCCGGUACCAGCCCCACCCACCUCGGUCAUCCUUUCGUUGAACUUCCCAGGCGAAAGUCCCCGAGUCCCAGUCCAGGUGGACGUCCUCGUGAAUCCCUAUUAA